AUGAAGUUCAUCCUGCCCACCACCCUCGCCGUCCUUGCAUCCACAGCCGUUGCCAAAAACUGCAAUGAGGGAUUCGACUACUGUGCUCUUACUCUCCUGAACAAUGGUGAUUACCACCAGCAGAUCUUGCAAGCCGUGAACGAUUAUGGCAAGAAUCCUGCAAAUUGGAACUAUGACAACUUCCUCUACCAUUGCGAGGGCGGCUCCAACGGAGACAUCAAAAUCACGAAGGAGUGCCCCAAGGGCUGUGUAGACGGUGGAGCUGGUAACGAUGAUCAGUGCCAGUAG